UUCAACUUUUCAUUUCUUCAAAAAGCGCGAGCGAAAAACGCAUUUCCACGAGACGCAGUGCUAAUUAGAUAUUUUUAUUUUUCAAGAAAUUGUGUAUAUAAACAUAUUUAGUAAUUGAAUAAUUUGUGGUUAAGUUGAGAACGGAGAGUUUGAAGAAGGAGUCAGGACACUGACACGGCAGAUUGGUUUGAAUAGCGCCAUUUCGGCCAUAUAUUUGUAUUGCCUGCUUGCUUGAUAUCUUCGCUGCGGCCUAGCUGCUUGCCCGUGCUCCCGUAUUCCCGUAUUCCCGUAUCGGUGCUUUGUUCGUCGCUUCAAUUCGCAUUAUUUCGCUUUCGGCCAUUUAUAUUAGAGUUGACCGCUUUACUUGCACACAAGCUAAAAUAAUAAGAAAUUGUGUAAAUUUGUAGACUAGAGCAAUUGAAGGAAGUGGGCACGCAGUAAUUACUGGACAACGCGUCUCAUUACAAUACUCAAUAUUACAGCGGUAAGAAAAUAGAUAGACCAACAUUUACGAAAGCAUUGUGCUGUUGAGGCAAUAGAGGAAAUAUUGCUAGCAACAAUGGCCAAUAACAAUGCGCCGGGCCAUUUUAGCAGAAAUGGCGUCAGUAGCAACAUAAAUGCGGUUGGAAUUGAUGGUGCUACCAUCGGUGGGGCCAGUGCUGGAGUUGCGGUGAGCAACCUGAGCGAUGUUUGCAAUUUCCUCCAGACACCUAAUAUAAAUACAGCGCUUAAUUUGCCAGCAGGCGCUUGCUCAUAUGAUCAUCUUAUCGAAAUGAUACGAGGUCUCGAUCUGCAGGACGACGGAAUUAGAAUGAAUCAUAAGAUGAAGGCGAUCCGUUCCGAUUUUUGCGCGCUAGUGCACGAUGAAAACAUGUUAUGUGAAUGCAUGGACUAUAUUAAUGGCAAAGCUCUCGGCGAUGGCGAAAUGGCAUUGAAAUUUGCUAUGCUCUUCUCGUCGCAUAACUUUGACCAAUUGGCAAUGAAAGACAUCAAAAUACGUAGUGCGAUGCUAAAGGUGCUCGAGACGAAUUACCUGAAUGCCGAUACAUACCGCGUCCACGAUAAAGAACGGCUGUACAAUUCCAUCACAUUAUUGGGUGAAUAUUACAACCGUGUACGCCUGGCCGAUCAAUCGCCUAUAACUAUCUUAGGCGAAUCUUUGCUAUCCCUACUCAUACGCGAAGUUAGCGCAUUGGAACCCAUCGAUGUGAGAUUGGCCAAAUUGAUACUAUCACAAAUCACCCUAAACGGUGAUAUAAUUCGGGUUAAACAUAAAAACGAAUUGACACAACUUCUCUACCACAUAAGGCGUAAUUUAAUUGAGCAACCCACGCUUAGUGCGACCGUUAAGGCGUUACUCCUGAUGACGCUCGAUCUAUACUAUAGUAAUUUUACUAAUUUGGGGGCACAGUUAGAACAGAUGUACACGAAAUAUUUGGUUCAAGAUGUUGAAGACGACGGCAAUAACAAUAUCAAUGCUGGUGCGUCACCGCAAGCCGCCCUACCAGUGUAUAUGCCAGUGAUGGCACAACAAUCACCGCAGCAGUUGCAGUUGUUGCAGCAGCAGCAGCAGCAACCCAUAACACCAUUGCAACUACAGACACAACAAUCGUUGACUACCUUAAAUAACUAUUCACCGCAAGAUCAAAAUUGCAGUGCUCCAAACGAGGCGCAAGCAAGCGGUGUAUAUGAAAAUGGUGGUAGUGAAAAUACAGCAAAUGAUUCAUACGAAUCACAACCAUCAACAAAGAAAUGGAGUGAACAGGUGUGCGAAGAUUCGCUCUAUGAAAGUGAAUUUGGCAAUGAUUUUAACAGCUACGAACAAGACUUAAAGGAUGGUAAAGAUGGUGCAGAUGGUGGGGCUGAAAAUGAAGUACAAGGCCGCUUGAGCAAUGGACGCGGCAAAUUGAGUGCCAGCGGUAAUAGUCGGUACAAUGACGAUGAUAGCUUGAGCCGCAAUGCUAGGCGUUCGCAAAAACCACGCAAUUCACCACGUCCGCUUAAACACCAAGCACACGAUGGCUAUGAAGGGGAGGGCGCACAUGAUGAGCAACAAAAACAACAGCGUGAAGAGCAGGAUCAAACCAAACCACUACCUCGCUGGCGUGCGCCGCGUUUCAAUCGUGAAAACGAGUUCCAAAGCGGCGAUAAGCCACAGCAUAACCAACAACGUCGCUACAGUGCCAGUUUCGAUGAUGAUCACAGUGUGCGGAGCGACGGUGGCAGCAUUCGUUUGUACAGCAUCAACGAUCGUUUACGACACUCACAGGAGAAGAUGGAGCGUAGUGGUAGUAAUUUCAAUUCUAUCGCAAAUUCGAACUGGGAUCGGCAGUCGCAGCAUGCAGAUGAUCGCAGUGAGCGCUCCUAUAUCAGUAACUAUGAGCGCGGCAACAAUUACCGCCGUGGCAAUCACCAUUUCAAUAAUCGUCACAACUAUGACAAACCGCCGCGCUUCCAAAAGCAACAACAAAAAGACAACAACAUACAUAGCAACUCGUGGCGUCAAUCACGCAACAACGUAAUGAACAACUCAUACCACGAUGAGAACUCAUCAUACCGCUCCAACGGGCCCGAAUCGAAUAGUCGCAGUUCAUCGCGUGCACGCACUCUACCACGUCCAAGCAAAUCACGCCACUUUGACGAUGCAGACGCAGAUGAUGGUGCUAAUAAUGCUUCGUCCUAUCGUCGCAGUCAGAGUCCUUCAAUGCAUAGGCAAAAUCAACAACACCAGCAGCGCACACGUAAUUUUAACGCGCGUUAUAGUAGCCAGAGCAGCUUGGCCAGCGAAGCGUCGAGCACAUUUGAUAGGCGUCAACGUAAUCGCAACUUUGGCCGACAUGCGCAACAACAGCAAGAUCGCUGGGAAGAUACGCAUAGCGUGCACGAUCAGCCCGACAGCAAUGCACGAAACGCGAAAAAUGAUAACAGCGAACUGGUGCGCAAUGCACGUCAAACUGUCAAGUACAUGAACUAUUUGUCGUCGAAGAAGUGAGAGGAGGCCAGUGUGCCAGAUUCAACUGAGCAAGCAGCGCGGUAGCGUUUGGUGUCAAGUCAAUGAUGAGAUCAAAAACUGCUUAGAAAUGGCACACGAAGCGGCGCUAAACAACAACAGAAACAAUACCGAAAACAUUGUGGCAACAAAUAUGCCGCAGGAAUUGUUUAAAUAUUUCAUUUACAUCGUCGUCAUGUCUCUGCUGAGUUUGUUUAUGUUUUUA